UUUUAGACCAAAUCAUCUGGGUAUUCUUCACAAUGGCUGCCGCACAAUCAUUCAUAGAAGAAUCAGCGUCAUUACUGAUGUGUCCAAUAUGCCUACAGAUGGUGAGCACACCUAAGUCAUUAAAAUGUUUACAUACAUUUUGUGAAGGAUGCUUGGAUGAUUGGAUCCAGAAACACAUGAAUAACAUAAGCAAAACGUAUGCCUGCCCAGUCUGUUCAUGUGUCAUUGAUAUCCCAGCUGAGGGGGCAAGCUCAUAUAGAACAAACUUCACGAUGCAGUCCAUGGCUGAAGCGUUAGAUAAGACACAAAUUUUACUCGAGCAGGACAGUUUUGAAUGUGGUGUUUGCAUUCAUGAUGAUGUACACGUCCCUGCUGUCACAAGGUGCACCCAAUGUGCUAAAAAUCUCUGCCGUUCUUGUACUAAAUUCCAUACUAGAUUAAAAUCGACAAAGUCGCAUAUUCUCGUUGAGCUGACGGGAAAUCCUGACAAAGAUUUUAAAAUAACAGCAAAGAGUUUGGGCCAGGCUGACAUCCAGUGUCCUUCACAUCCAGAUCAGAUUCUUCAGCUUUAUUGCAAAACAGACAAGACACUUAUCUGCAUCGAUUGCUGUGUCGGAGAUCAUUCAGGACACAAAUAUUUGAAAGUUCAAGAGGUCGCGAAAGAUGAGUGGAAAAAUCUAAAAGAGCUCAUGGAUCAGGGAAAUGCAAGAACAAACAUGAUUGAUCAGAAAAUUAAAGCUACGGUUGAACUGAGAAACAGUCAGAAUAAAAACCUAAUUGAGGUUCUCGAGGCCAUUAAAGCCCACAGGCAUUCCAUGAUAACAAAAAUCAACACACACUGUGAUAAACUUGAAAUUGGCGCCAAGACCCUACAUGAGAAAUCUUUGAAACAAAUUGAUGCUCAGCAAAGUUUCUACGACCUACAGAGUGGUAAAACUAAAAGCACAAUGCUCCUCAUGUCGUCAAUCAAGGAAUCAAGCCAUCCUGUGGAAAUCAUCAAAUCCAUUCCUGAUAUCGAACAAAGGGUAGAAGACUGGAAAACAGAACCCAUUGAUUCUAGUAGUGAGCCAAUAAUCAAAUCUUUGACAUUUCAACCUGGUGAUAUUGAAACAGCAAACCUUGGGCAUCUUGUAAGUGUUGAUGUAAUUCAAGAGAAAUUGAGGGUUCAAGAUCAACAGGUUGCCCAAGAAAACUCAAAGGUUCAGCGAGAGAAAAGAGCAGCAAAAAUUAUUCUGAAGCAGUUACUCAAGUUGCAAUUAAUAUCCAAAUUGUACAAGAUCCACUUGAUUAGAAAUAAAGCUGAGGAAAAGAAAGUUCAACAUCAACAACUGAAUGAGUUGGAAACAUAUGGAGUCGAUGAUUCAAUGUGCUCAAUAUGUGGAAUACAUUUUGUUCAACCAUUGAACCCUAAUCUUUUGGGAGCAGUUGGCUUAGCAGCUAAAUCGUAUAUGUCACCAGUGCCAGUUGGUCAAAUGUGGGUUACUGAAGAAGAUACAAAAGUCCAGGUUUUGGAGACAUCUCAUACAAAUACAGCUGAAGGAACCCCUUAUAUGAAUGGUGUGACCAAGAAAAGUCACAUUGCAACAUUUGAGCAUAUCCAAGGGGCACUAUCUUAUAAGCUGUUUACAAAGAUCUGCAAUGAAAGGAUUAUCCCAGCUUCUACUAGAUUCGCAAAUUUGAAAAUAAUGGUUGGGAAGGUUAACAACCCCAAAAUGGUAAGACUUAAGGAGUUGGAUGUAGGGACAUUGGAAACUAAGUACGGAGCUCUUAUGGAUUUGUUUGGCCAAACAACCAAUGCAAGGCAGUGGACAAGGGUGGAGGAAUUGGAAGAUAGUGUUGGUGUUAUUGAGAGUGAACUGAACAGGAUUGGGAAGAUAUACCAAGAAGUUGUCCAGGAAAUGCAUAA